AAAUUAAUGUCUUAUGUGUUCGUGUUGCUAUCAGGAUCAUCUCCCAUCUUCUUAUCCACGACUUUGGUGGCUAUAAAGUAUAAACACACCACGAAGAGUCAAUUCUCAUUUCAUCUCCACACAGCCAAAUUCAUAAACCAAAACCCCCUUGUAGAGUACGAACCCUUCAUAUAAUUAUUUAUUAUACAAAAUUUGUUCGAUGCAGAAAUUGGGUUACGGUAGCGACGGAGUAUAUAGGUCACUAAGGCCAUCCUUGGUUCUCCCAAAGGACCCCAACGUUUCCCUCAUCUCAUUCCUCUUCCAAAGCGUUUCCUCUUUUCCCGCCAAAACCGCUCUCAUCGAUGCUCACACUUCCAAAACCCUAACUUUCGCGCAACUCAAAUCCCAAGUCACGAGGCUCGCACACGGUUUCCUCAAACUAGGCAUAGCCAAAAACGACGUCGUCCUCUUGCUCGCUCCCAACACCAUCCACUUCCCGAUAUGCUUCCUCGCCGCCGCCGCGAUCGGAGCCGUCGUCUCCACCGCCAAUCCCCUCUACACCGUCCACGAACUCUCCAAGCAGGUCCAAGACUCCAACCCCAAGCUCCUCAUCACCGUCCCCGAACUGUGGCACAAAGCCAAGGACCUCAACCUCUCCGCCGUGAUUCUCGGCACCACUUUCGGUGCCGCAUCGAGAGUCGUGAGUUACGACGCGAUGAUGGAGAUGGCGGAGGCGCCGACGGAGCUGCCGGAGAGCGGCGUUCGGCAGGACGACGUGGCGGCGCUGCUGUACUCCUCCGGUACGACGGGGACGAGCAAGGGCGUGGUCCUGACGCACCGGAACUUCAUCGCGGCGUCGGUGAUGAUCGGCAUGGACGACGAUUUGCUCGGCGGGGAGCGAAACGACGUGUUUCUGUGCGUUCUGCCGAUGUUCCACGUGUUCGGGCUGGCGGUGGUGAUGUACAGUUCGCUGCGACGAGGGAGUGCGGUGGUGGCGAUGGCGAGGUUCGAGUUGGAGGCGUUUCUGAAGGCGAUUGAGAGGCACAGGGUGACGAACCUCUGGCUCGUGCCUCCGAUCCUGCUUGCUCUGGCGAAGCAGAGCGUGGUUCGGAAGUACGAUCUUUCGUCGUUGAGGCGGAUUGGUUCGGGUGCCGCUCCUCUUGGGAAGGAGUUGAUGGAAGAGUGUGCCAGGCGUUUUCCACGUGUCGUCGUUAUUCAGGGCUAUGGUAUGACAGAAACUUGUGGCAUUAUUUCUGUGGAGAGUCCAAGAGCAGGAAUUCGACAUACUGGCUCAACGGGAACGCUCGCUUCGGGAGUCGAAGCUCAAAUAGCGAGUGUGGAUACACAGAAGCCGCUCCCUCCUAGACAGUUGGGGGAAAUAUGGGUACGAGGUCCUAGCAUGAUGCAAGGUUAUCAUAACAAUCCACAGGCCACAAAAUUGACCAUAGAUGAAAAGGGAUGGGUACAUACAGGAGAUCUUGGAUAUUUUGAUGAAAAUGGGCAACUUUAUGUGGUUGACCGUAUCAAAGAAUUGAUUAAGUACAAAGGUUUCCAGAUUGCACCAGCAGAACUUGAAGGGCUUCUUGUUUCUCACCCUGAAAUACUGGAGGCUGUUGUUGUCCCAUAUCCGGAUGAUGAGGCUGGUGAGGUUCCAAUUGCCUAUGUUGUUCGUUCACCCAAUAGCUCGUUGACUGAGGAAGAGAUUCAGAAGUUUAUUGCUAAUCAGGUUGCACCUUUCAAAAGAUUGCGAAGGGUGACGUUCAUCAGCAGUGUUCCUAAGACAGGUUCGGGUAAAAUCCUCAGAAGAGAGCUUACGGCAAAAGCACGAUCCAAAAUAUAAUAUAUUACAAUUUUCUUUUGGAGGGUCAAUUUCAGAGAGUGAAAAUUCGGAGUGCAUUCUGCAGGAUUAAUAUAUAAAUAUACGCAAUCAAGUUUAAAAUUAAAACCGUGCAACAAUCCCUCCACAGUGCAAAUUAUAGCAGCCUUCCUUUGCACCAGAGUGUCGUGAACUUGCCACUAUACCCAAGUAAACUCUGAUUUAUUUACUUCAGUUAACAAAAGGAAAGAAAUAAUGUAAGAAACUGAAUAUGGUGUUUGUGGACUAAAACUAACUCUGUAAAGUAAGAAAAUGUGUAAAACAAGAAAGAAAACCAUACAGUUCCAUCUUUUAUAAUGAUGUUGUCUUGUGAGGAAAGAUCAAGUUAUUCAUUUUAAGAGAAACGUUAAUUCUUUGUUUGAUUUAGGAAGGGAAGAUAAACAAAAGAAAGUGAAAAAAAAAAA